GGAGCGGCCAUGGCGGGGCCCUGGGGCCGGGUGAGAGGAACGCCUCGUUAAACUCUGUUUGCGGGGUGUUGUCUGCUUGCUGUGGGUUAAAGAUGGGCUUUUAAACUUCCCUUCGCUGGUUAAAGCUCCCUUCGGCGCUUAAAUUUCCCUUCGGGAAGACAAUUGGGCUGUGGCCGGAGCAGCUGAGCUCUGCCCGCUGGGGGCUGUGGGCAGGCGGGAGCGGCCGCUGCUCCCGGGGAACCGGCGGCAGGAGGAGAGGACACAGCCCAGUUGUGUAGUACCCGAAGAUGGAAUUCCUCAUUGAGCACACCUGGGAUGGUUUGCCUGUGAGCCACGAGCCGGUUUCAAUUGGGCUGAGGCCGGAUAAUGCAGGAUUGCUGAUGGAAAUUCGGGCUCCUUUCUUUAAUGACCCUCCAGCACCUCCUGGAGAGCCAGGGAAACCUUUUGGUGGGCUCUGGGACUAUGAGGUUGUGGAAGCAUUUUUUCUGAGUGACAGAAGUGAGCAGUAUUUGGAAGUUGAGCUGUGUCCCCAUGGGCAGUACUUACUGCUGCUGCUUUCUGGCAGAAGAAAAGCAUGGAAAGAACAACUUCCGUUGGAGUUUGAGGUGACCAGAAUGGAAACCAGAUGGGAGGGUAAAGUUCUUCUCCCUUGGAGUUAUUUCCCACCAUGCACUGACAAGUUCAAUGCAUUUGCAAUUCAUGGCUCGGGAGAGGAGAGAAAAUAUGAAGCACUUUAUCCUGUGCCUCCACACCAAGUGCAGGAAGGACAGGAACCAGAUUUUCAUCGUUUGGAGUUUUUCAAAGACUUGAACCUGAAAGAACUAACAGGAGAAGACUGGAAGCAGCCUGAAUCAGAUAUAUGGAAAUCUCUCACUAAAGGAAUGGAUUGAGGCAUAAAUUUUUGUAGUGUUGGAGUUGGCUGAAGCUGUGUGGAAACAAUUUCCUCAUUCUGAGCAGAGGUUGUAGGUACCAGAUUAGCAAGGCUUUCCUUGGCACCAAAAUCAUGGAUCAGUCUGAAAAUCAGCUGCAAAGCUUGUGGAUCUGCUGAUUCUAAAUGUCUGAAUGGCUUGGACUUUUUAAUCUGUGCAAGAGAUGAAUCUGCUGCUACCAGUGCAGGAAGAAAAAUGUGCUGAAAUUGCAGCUGUGCUUUUGUGAGAGCUCUGAAGUCUGACAAGGCCAAUACCUGGAUUGAAUUUUUUUUGUUUACUCUAGUUGCUGUAUUUUAACUGCUGCUUGUUUGUUUGUUGACUGCUGAAGGAGAUCCUUAUGUGCCUAGAUUUUUUGCUUACAAUCAGGAGGAAGAAAAAAUGGAUUUUGGAGGCUCAGUACUUGGCCUGCCAGAAGGAUAACACUGCCCUUUCCUAUAUGUUCCUGUGCAUGAAGUUUUCCCUUGCUUAAUGCCAAAGGGGAAACUUAUUCUGUCCCACAGACCUCUCUGUGGAGUGCCUGAUGGUGUUUAGGGGCAGAGGAUAGAUUUACAAAAGGUUUUAUGUAUUUCAGAUGAAGUUUUUGGGACAAAUCAUGCUCAGUAAAAUCUUUUGGUAUAGUUGUGUACAUGCAAAAGCAGUUUUUUUUUCCUAAGGCUUGUCAUAUCACUUCAAGAAUUUAUCUCAGUUGUCUGAGAAUUUUUGUUUUUGGCAUUCCCCUGAAGGCUGGAGAUACUCUAGGUGUACAUUUUCUGUGUAUGGGCAUGAGUCAUUUUAACAGUAUUGAAUAUUAGGUGGCAACAUCUAAUCUGUAAACCGUCACCAGAUUUACAAAUCAUAUGUUCCUUUUUUUUGGUCUAGCUUAGCAGCUGCUGCUUGAUUGUAGCUGCUGAUUUAAUAAACACAUUUUGAUGGUCCCAUUUUUCUCUGCUGCCUUUCAGCUUCACUCUAGCUGUAAGUUCUGCCUGAGAAGAAGGGGGGAACAUCUGACCUUUGUGGAGAACAUCUCAGUGUGGUUAAUAUCUGAGAUAAACUCUGAACUAACAUGCUUUGUUUAGCUCUAGAUUCCUUCCUUGUACUUUCAGUUUUAUAGAACUGUGCUUUCAAAUUAGAGGAUAUUAGAUUUUUGUGGUUUUUUUUUUUUUCCUGUGGCAGACUUUGGCAUGUCAGUGCACUCAGCCAUCCAAUUAGAUGGCUCUGUUUCAAUUAGACAGUAUAGGUUCCUUGCUGUAAAGUGCCAUCUGUUGAAAAUUGUUAGUAUUGUACCAUCAGUUGUUUGGCUUCUUUUCUACCUUCUAUCCAUGUACAGUUUUCUAAAGAAUGACAUCAGUCUGAAAUAAUGAAAAAUUCAAUAGAUAUUGAUUAAAGUAUCAUCUAGACAUUGAUGCCUCAAAGCUGCUUUAAAAAUUUUAGUCAAAACCAAAAUGCCAUUUGGCAAAACUUUUAGACUUUGUCAAAAAACUGUGUGCAAAGGUUCAAAAUGGGUGUACUGCUCUUCUCACUAAAGGUUGUUUUCCUCUGAGGAAUGAUACUUUGUAUGUAAAAGAUAGUAAAUAAAAUGUUUAUUUUGCUUGUUUAUUCCUACUUCAAA